GUUGUCCUUCUCCACAUCGUACACGGCGUAUGUAUGGUCUAGGUUUUGUCUAGGGUUUUUGGUUUUCGCUCCCUCUUUUGAAACUCGAAAGCCUCGCAAACAGGCGGGCUUCUUCUUCAACGAUCACAUCCAUGGGGAAGAACAAAAAGCAUGGCGCCGACAACCAGGAAGUUCGUCCUCGUCGAAACUCAAACCCUAAUUUAUUUUCAGUUUCUAACGCGACCGCCAAUUUCUUCUUCUCAAACCCUAACCCUAAUUUAUUGGCACCUGCAACUCUGAACAAUCCACAUUUUCUCCCCAACUUCGUACCUCCGACUAGUCCUGACUUUUUAAGACCAGGAAUUUUUUACAAUCCAUCUGUGAUUCCCUCCAAUCAUGGAGCUCCAAACCCUAACCCCAACUCUAGCUUCUUCCAGCCUGCAAACAUUGUACCUGCUCUUUCUCAAAUUUCACCUCAUUCUCGGAUUGGAAGCCAUGGUCUCAGCGAAGGAGUUGUUCAAGGGUUGGAGAUAGUGGCUCAAAAGGUUCACAGAGACUUGCUGGCUUCUGGUACGGGUGUUUUGGCAUGGAAAGUCAUCAAGCCUGUGCUUUUUUCAUGUGGAGUUGAAUCAUUGAGUGAUUUGGGGCAUAAUUUGCAGCGAAUUCCUACUUUGCAGAAGCUCAUUUUCAUGGAAGGAAAGGUGAAUGCCUUUAUACAUUGUUUUGUUGGUGUAAGGAGAAUCACCACCUUAUAUGAAUUGAAUUCAGAGGUAUGCAAGAGUGAAGGACUUGACAACUUUGAAGACCUUACGUUGGGACCUCUACUGCAGAACCCUUUGGUGCGAGAUUAUUUUUCAGUUGCUUCUGAUGUAAUGGAAUUUCCCAAGAUAACAUCUCAGGAUAUAAUUAGUCAUCUAUCUGAUUUCAUGAAUAUUUGUAAGGAUGAUGACAUCCAGGUCAAGGGUUUUCUGGCAUUCCUUGCAAGGAAGUUAGCAUUUAAAGAUCCAGCAAAGCUAUGCAUACGCAUUGAGAGUUUGGGGAUGCAUCUCAAGUAUAUUCGGGAAGCCAAGAGUCUUGAGCAGGCUCCACUUCAGAUUCUUGUGGAGACUGCGCGUCUGACCAAUGUCCAAACAAAGGAGCAACCUUACAACAUUCGUGCUAAACAAGGAAAAGAGGAUGUGCCACAUAAUACUGCAAUACAGUCACAGAUGCACUCACUGGACAAACGGUUCAAUGUUAUGUCAAAGCGUAUGAAGUCAUUUUUUUCUGGGUGCAAAGAUUCUAAGCCUAAUCACAUCCGUUUUAUUUCAUCAAGUUCAGAUGGAGAGGAUGUUCAUGAUGAAGAAGAUGAUACAGGUGAUGACAAUUCAAAAAGAGCAAAUGGCAACUCAAUCCAAAAGAAAAGGGAAGAGAAGUCAUGUGGGGUCCCUUUGAGUACGUGCCCCUACCCUUCAGCUGCAGAGGAGAUGAUAAGGCUUGGGAUGGAAACGAGUACACAUGUAACUGGAUCUUCUGCUAACGGUUUAAGUGGCAACAUAAGUAAGAAAUCUUCUAAGAGGAAGCGAAAAGUGGACAAAGAAGCUUCAAUGUUGGAUUCUUCUCAGAAAUGUUUGAAGACUGAGAACAAUGAGAAGGGUUUUGGUGAUCCAAAACAUGCCCAAUAUGAAGCACUACAUGUAGAUUCCAAAGAAACAGAGAGAGAUCAACACACUGUGGAUACUGUUUCCCAUUUCUAUAGAUCAUCAAGAGGCAAAUUUCAGGUGGAAAUAUGUAGUUUUGAGCUUCCAAGAAAAUCUCUUGAAGCGUUCGUUUCUUUUUGGAAGGAGACUUGUCAGGAGCACUCUGUAACUGAGGUUUUCGAAAGGAUGAUGCUUUCCUAUAAAGAUUUGGUGAACUCUAAAAAGCUGAUGAAGUUGUUAUUGCAGAUCUUUUCAUCCAACCCUUUUCUUGGUUUACUCAACAUCGCUGUGAUUUCCAUUAAAUCUGGAAUGUGGGAUAGCCUUUAUGGGGCCUUUCAAGACAUGGAUGAUCAGUUUAUGAAACCAAACUCUGCUCAGGUUGCAGAAGUAAUACAUGUGGGGCCCUCAAAAAAGGUUCCAAUCUUGGGCAAGAACUGCUCUUCUAAUUUGGGUAAUGGGCUCGAUGUUAAUGAUAUCAUCGAAAAAGUUUCUGAAUUUUACAAGAGUGGUUGUGCUAUGGUUGGAGAAAAAAAGCUGUCCCUGGAAAGGCCAUUCGAAUCAUUGAAGAAGUUUCUAGAUUGUGAGAAAUGGUUGGCUGAGCAGUUUUCAGUUGAGAGUUUUGGUUGUUUGGGGUAUGGGAGCUUUUUUGAGUUCUUAUAUAAACAUCACUCCUUGCUUCCUUUUGAACUCUCUCGAGAUUUGGCAGCGGAAACAGUUGGUAAGUUCCCCAUUACAGUUUUUAUGUUCCAUAGUCAGGUUCGAGAGCUACUGUUACAAGCUCAAUUCGAGUUGGGGAAUGCCAGUACAGUGACCAAGGAUCAAAUUGUUACCCUACUCCAGAGACAGUUUCCUUUGGUCAGCUUUGAAGUAGCUGGGACAGACCUGGAAGAUGAUUUUAUAUGGAAACAUAACACUUGUUCUUCAUCCAGGCGUGUUUUAUACUCUGUCACAUUGCUUAGGCCUAGGUAUAAUGGGGAUCCUUUGCUGCUUAAUGGGGGCCCGUUGCCUGAAAGUGCUGGGAGUCUAACUGAAUCGGGCCAAACCACAGGUUCUUUGGGUGUAGUGACUGGAAAUGAUGCCAUCAAGUGCUUACUAAAGGCACCGAUACUAUCAGAUCUUCAGGCAUGGUCUCAUUGGGACCUUGUAUUCGCACCUACACUUGGUCCCUUAUUGGAUUGGUUGUUAAGUGGAGUCAGUGAGGAGCUAUUUUCCAUUGUGUCAAAGGAUGGAAAAUUAAUUCGGAUUGAUCAUCUUGCAACGGUUGAUGGUUUCUUGGAAGCUGUACUUCAAGGAUCUGCUCGGAGAACAGCAGCACAGUUAUUAUCAGUAUUUGCUUUAUAUGGAGGGAUAAAUCGAUCUCCUGUUUCCCUUUUAAAAUGCUAUGCACGUCAAGGAAUCCAAGUCAUGGUGAAAAAUUAUAUUGAUUCCUUGAAGGUCACAAAUAAUGGGAAGCUUUCAUCCACAAUAGGUGAAGCUUUCAUUGGACAGAAAAUAUUAAAUAUUGAUUCUGCAAAUUCUCUUUCGCCUGAUUCUCCUGGUUCUAGCUUGGAAGGAUCUGUUAUUGCAGCUAAGUUUAUUCUGGAAUGUCUUAUUUAUUUACCUCCAGAGUUUUGCAGCUCUGCUGCAGAUAUUCUUCUCUCUGGGUUGAGGUUCACAGCUACGAAUGCCCCUGCAACCAUUUUGCAUGAGUGCAUUGAAAAUUAUCAAAUUGAUCAACGUGUGAUGCUUCAUGAUAUUGGUUUUUCACUAGGCAUAUUGGAAUGGAUUGAUGACUACCACAUAUUUUCUUCCUGUUUCGAUACUUGGAAAGAAAAUAAUACCGAGUCUCCCACUGCGACAGGGGUGAACACAAGUAGUUCUAUAGUUGUCUUUCCUGCUGAUGGCAAGGUUAGUUUGAACCCUGAGGCUCAUAUUGCUCAUUUAAAGGGACAAUGUGAUGCUUCUACCAAUCAUGAUUGCAUACGCAAUGUUUCUACUCAUACUUGGGUUGAAAAUUUGAAAGAUAAUUCUCUUGCUUCCAUGCAUAAAGACAAGGAUGUCCAUGAUGCAGCCCAGUUUAUUGAGGCCAUUAGACGAGAAGAAUUUGGAUUGGAUGCAACUCUUGAUCAGGCUAAUAGUAGCUUACUAGAAAAGCAGCAUGCCCGACUUGGACGAGCAUUGCAGUGUCUCUCGCGAGAGUUAUAUUCCCAAGAUUCACAUUUUCUGCUUGAGCUGGUUCAGAAUGCGGAUGACAACAUGUAUCCGGAAAAUGUGGAUCCCACUUUGGUCUUCAUUUUUCAGCCUACUAAUAUUGUUGUUUUAAAUAACGAGCGGGGCUUUUCUGCUCAAAAUAUUAAAGCACUUUGUGAUAUUGGAAGUUCGACAAAGAAAGGCUUUGGUGCUGGAUAUAUUGGGCAAAAAGGCAUUGGAUUCAAAUCAGUAUUUCGGGUUACAAAUGCCCCAGAGAUUCAUUCGAAUGGAUUUCAUGUUAAGUUUGAUAUCAGUAAAGGUCAGAUUGGUUUUGUUCUGCCAACUAAUAUUCCUCCUUGUGACAUGAAAAUUUUCAACAAGCAUGUAACUAAUGGGGAUGAUCAACUAGAUACUGCCAGCUGGAACACGUGCAUUGUGCUUCCUUUCAAAUCAAAACCUGAAGAAGGAAUUCCUUUGGACUCAUUGAUGUCCAUGUUUUCAGAUCUCCAUCCAUCUUUGUUGCUAUUUCUUCAUCGCCUUCGGUGUAUUAUAUUCAGGAAUUUGCUUAACGAUUCUAUCACUAUCUUGCGAAGAGAGAGUGUUGGUAAUGGGAUCAUUCGGGUUUCACAUGGCAACCAGCGAACAGAUUGGCUGGUGGUUAGUCAAGAACUGAAGCCACACAUUGCUCGUACUGGCGUACAAUCUACAGAAAUUGCCUUGGCCUUCACGCUGCAAGAAUCUCCUGAUGAAGGUUAUACCCCACAUCUAGAAUUGCAACCUGUUUUUGCUUAUCUUCCGUUGAGGACUUACGGGCUGAAGUUUAUUCUUCAAGGUGACUUUAUUCUUCCUUCUUCUAGAGAGGAAGUCGAUGGAGAUAGUGCAUGGAAUCAAUGGUUGUUGUCAGAGUUCCCAACUUUAUUUGUCAAUGCUGAAAGAUGCUUCUGUGCACUUCCGUGUUUCCAAGGGAGUUCGGAAAAAGCCGUUACUGCUUACUUUAGUUUUGUUCCAAUGCCAGGUGAAGUGCAUGGGUUUUUUUCGCAACUUCCUCAAAUGAUUAUUUCUAAGUUACGUGCAUCAAAUUGCUUGCUUUUGGAUAGGAAGAAUGCUGAAUGGGUUCCUCCCUGUAAGGUCUUGAAAGGUUGGGAUGAGCAAGUGCGCUGCCUUAUACCUGAAAGCCUGCUUUUCAGUCAUCUCGGCCUUGGUUAUUUGCAUCAGGAACUUUUCUUAUCAGAUCCUUUAGCAAAUGCUUUAGGGGUUCAGAGCUAUGGGCCAAAAAUUUUAUUUGAACUCAUGGUGUCAUUAUGUCGCUCCCAUGAAUGUAUCAAGUCAAUGGGAUUGGACUGGUUGAUCUCAUGGCUUGUUGCUUUCCAUGCUUCCUUGUCCAUCCCUUGUACCAUAGGUCAAAGUUCUUUUAAUGGAAAAGCAGAAUCUCAAUAUAUAUGUGCUCUUGGAAAAAUUCCGUUCAUUCCUCUUUCAGAUGGAUCAUAUAGCUCACUGGAGGAAGGAUCAAUAUGGAUGCCUUGCAGGGCCUUCAGUGAUGGGCUUCAUGAUGAACCUCUCUAUGAAGAGUUUCCUUAUUUAUAUGCUGAGCUUCGUACAGUGAAUCCACGCCUUAUUUCUAGUCGGACACUAGAUAGUAGAAGUAUGGAAGAAAACCAAACAAAUGUCGUUAUUUCGAUGCUUCGAAGGAUUGGAGUCCAACGAUUGUCAGCACAUGAAGUUGUCAGAUCACAUAUCUUGAAGGCCAUACCUUAUUAUGGCAUCAUGUCCAAGGACAAGUGCUUGAUGGCAGAAUAUCUGGCCUUCACAAUGCUCCAUCUUCAGUCUAACUGUGAGAGUUGUCACAUUGAGAAGGCCGAAAUGAUUUCAGAACUUCAGAAUAAAGCCAUUGUUCUCACAAGUAAUGGUUAUAAAUGCCCUGGCAAGGAAUCGAUACACUUCACUGAAGAGUUUGGUAGUCAUGUUGAUAUAAAGAAAAUAAUUGAAGAUACUGGUGUCUUGUGGAAUGAAAUUGACAACAUCUAUCUGAAUUAUCCUGCCAUGGAUACUUCAUCUUCUAAUCUUGUGAAGUGGAGGAAUUUCUUUGUGGAACUGGGUGUAACUGACUUUGUGCAGAUAAUUCAAGUUGAUAGGGAAAUUGUAAGUGAUUUUGGUUCCAGUGGGAAUAAUAGUAUUUUUGAUGGAAACCAUAGUUCAUCACGUUGCAUUGUGAAGGAUUGGGAGGCGCCCGAAUUGGUCAACUUAUUAACUGCUUUGUCGUCGUGUCAAAAGCAUGACAAGUGUGAAUACCUAUUGAAAGUUCUUGACGACCUUUGGGAUGACUACUUCAGCACGAAAGUGGCAAGAUAUGGCCCUUUCCACCCCAUUGAUAAUGGAAAACCCUGUCAGCUGUCAUUUAUCAAAUGUAUGCAUCAGUUUAAGUGGGUAGUAUCUACUAUGGACAAAGAACUUCACUAUCCUAAAGAUCUUUUCUAUGAUUGUGAGAUAGUCCGAUCUAUAUUGGGGCCAUUUGCUCCAUAUGUAGUUCCCCAGGUGAAAAGUAAAAAGUUUUUGGAUGUCAUUGGAUUUAAGACCCGUGUUACGCUUGAUGCUGCUCUUGCAGUUCUUCAGUCAUGGAGAUCAUCCAAAACUCCCUUCAGGGCCAGCAUAAAGCAGAUGUCCCGAUUUUACUCCUUCAUUUGGGACGAGAUGACUAGCACAAAGACGAAGAUUGAGGCAUUAAAUUCUGGGGCCUGUAUAUUUGUACCAUUUGCAAAAGUUGCUGAUGUCGAGCAACUUGUACCAGGUGUGUUUUUGUCAACCAGUGAGGUGUAUUGGAGUGACCAAACUGGUUGUGUUGAUCGAACAAGAGAGAUUCUACUUCACCACGCCAAGAUAGAUGAUGAUAAAUGUAACUCAGUUUAUACCUUGAUUCAUUUCUAUGGUAGUAGUCUUCAUGAUUUUUUUGUGGACGGCUGUGGGGUACGUGAGGUUCCUCGUUUUGGUUGUUAUCUUCAGCUAUUGCUACAAUUAUCAAGAACUGCACCACCUUCUCAGUCCGCAAAUGUUGUCUCCCAAGUAUUUCUAAAGUUGGCUGACGAUAUUCAAUCUGGAUUAGUGGAGUCCCAGGAAAUUUCACACUUCAAAGACUGCCUUUGUAAGACAGAUUUUACCAUAUUGCCGACUAUACUAGAUAGAUGGGUUUCUCUACACCAAGAUUUUGGCGUCAUUUGUUGGUGUGAUGAUGAAGAAUUACGAAAGCAAUUCAAGAGUGCUAGUAACCUUGACUUCGUGCAUUUUGGUGGUCUUGAUGAGGGAAAGGGAACAUUUCAAGUGAAGCUUGCAGCUUUAAUGGGAACCAUUGGGGUCCCUGUUCUUUCAGAGGUAGUAUCUCGUGAGGCAAAAUUUUACGGUGUUUCAGAAUGUGAAGAGAAAGCUUUACUGGUGAACUGGAUUAUUCCUUACGUCCAGAGGUAUAUUUAUGAACUGCAUCCUGAGACCUAUCUGCAUUUGAAGAUUUCCAUAUUUGAGAGCUUGAAUCAACUGCAAGUUAUCGGAGUUGAAAAACUAUUUUACAAGCGGAUGGUGAAAAGCUGUUAUAUUGCCUCGAGGAAUCGAUAUCAGUGCAGCUGCUUAUUAGAGGGAACCACCUUAUACCUCACUCAAGAUGCCAACAACCACUCUAUUUUCCUGGAGCUAUCUCGCGUUUUCUUUGGUGGGCGAACGGACCUUCACCUUGCAAACUUCCUUCACAUGAUAGCGACCAUGUCUGAAUGGGAUUCAGCUGAAGAGCAGAUAGAAUCUUUCAUUAUCAAGAAUCAGAAGGUCCCAAAGCUCCCAAGUGAAGAAGUUGUUUGGGUCACCCCACAACUAUCACGCCCAAAGACAUCUUCCCCAUUAUCUGGCUUGCCGCCCAUCAUGGAUGAGUGCCCCUCAAACUCAAAACCAAAACCGGGCAUCACUUCCUGUUGGCCCCCAGCUGAUUGGAAAGCCGCUUCGAAAAUCCACAAGAAGAGAAAACAUGUUAGAUGGGCUCAUGUCAAGCCUCUUGGUGAGUCUCUGGAUGAUUCUAUCGAACAAGAUGAGAACGCUUUUGCUGAAGAUCCAAUGGUCGAUGCCAUCCCGAUUGAGAUCGAUGACGAUUUUAUGGUGGAAGAUGAUUCUGCUGCCUCAACAGCUCUAGCCUUGGAGCAUCCAAACUCUCCAAAAGAUGAAAUCCCAUCAAAUGAAACUUCGGAGGAAGAAACUCCAUUAAAAGAAGCUCAUAAUGAGCCUAAUGACAAAGAAAGCACUUCCUAUGGGGAACACAUCGAUGGUUCAGCCUCCACUUUGGCUCCACGAGAGCAGCUUCGAGUGGGUACCCCCAACAAGCGUCAACAGCUGUUAACAGGCAGACUGGGUGAAGUCAUAGCAUACACGUACUUUAUUAAGAAAUAUGGUUCAGGAGCAGUUAAAUGGGUGAACCAGGGGAAUGAGUCUGGUUUGCCUUAUGAUGUGGUUGUAACACUAGGAGAAACAGGCAAUAAGGAGUACAUAGAAGUGAAGUCCACCAGUUCUAGGAGGAAAGACUUCUUUGAGAUAUCCGUUAAAGAGUGGAAUUUUGCAAUGGAAAAGCGUGAUUCUUAUAGCAUCGCCCAUGUGGUUGUGGCUCCUAAUAGACAAGAUACAGUUACUGUUUUGAAGAACCCUUUGAAGUUGUGUCAACUAGGUAAGCUGAAGCUCGCUAUUUUAAUGCAUCUGUAACAGAAGCAGCCAUAAUUUUCAACAUAAAUCAUGUCAAUUUUCCAGUGUCAUCUGAUGCUUGGUUUAGGUAAAUUUGAAUUCUCUUCAAAUGUGCUUAAUGGGAAAGAUUAUUAUACCAAACAAAUAUGGUUAUACAUUAGUGGAGCAUCUUUUUCGUCACUUCCUCAUUGGAGACUGUCCUUCGGAAUACUGAAUAACAUAUUUUCCAUUGAAUUAUGGUACAUUCUCCCUUGUGGCACUCAUCUCAAGUCCUUCCACAUGACUGAAGGGGAUGAUGGAGCAAGUACCCAAGCAAUCUCAAACACAAAUUCCAGCUGCCUGUGUUAUUUUUGCCCAUUUCUUUUUCUUCUCUUAAAAGAUAAAGAGGGAGAGGGAGAGCGAGAUAGAGAAGAGAGGGAUCUGAGUAUCGGUAGAUUGUUGAUUGCCACAUAAAGCCAAUUAUUAGUCUCGUGAAGACAUGCAGGUUACUACCAGACGGACAAUGGGCAUGAGAGCGUGAGAAGGGGAUACUUGUGAAACAACAAUAUUGAGCUACUUAUUUUCCCGGCCGUGUUCGAGGCAGAUGCAUGGCAGGUUGGUUUUGUAUUCUAAAAAUAUAUUGUGGACUAUGGACAUUGCGAGAGUGUAAGGGGAUGCUGGUGUUAAAACAACAUGAGCUAAUUAUUUUUCCGGCUUUGUUCAAGGCAGAUGCAUUGCAGGUUGCUUUUGUAUGCUAAAACUGAAUUUUGGCCAAGAUGUGAAUUAAAUUUUUUAUUUAAUCAAUUCCUUCUUCUAUUUAUUGAUUA